AUUAAUAAAUUAAUAUUUCUCCUUCUCCUUCUCUGAUCCCGCAAUGGCAAUCGAAUUGGAAAACCAUAUCGUACGCCCCGUCGUGAAGUUCUCUCCCAGUUUAUGGGGUGAUCGCUUCCAUUCAUCCUCCAUGGACAAUCAGGUUGGUGAAGCAUAUGCAAAAGAGAUUGAGAUUUUGAAGGAACAAACAAGGGCUAAGCUGCUGCAGACCAUUGCUUCUGGAAGCAGUGAAGAUGUGGCUCAAAAAUUAAGAUUCAUCAACUUGCUGGAACGUCUUGGAAUAGCAUAUCACUUUGAGAAAGAGAUUGAUGAUCAACUCCGACAUAUUUAUACCCAUCCCGUCCACUUGAAUGACUUGGAAACCGUUGCUCUUCAGUUUCGGUUGAUGAGGCAACAUGGUUACAACAUUUCUACUCAUAUUUUCAGUAACUUUAUUGACGGAAAUGGGAAGUUCAGAGACACCUCUGAUGUGAAGGGUCUGCUGAGUUUGUACGAGGCUUCGUACGUGAGAAUACGCAGUGACGAUGAGGUUUUAGAAGGCGUGACCGCUUUUGCGGCGACUCGUCUCCGAUCUGCAAAUCUGAAACCCAACAGCACUUUACAAAAGCUGGUGACGCACGCCCUAGAUCAGCCAUUUCACACCGGUCUGCCCAGAGUGGAACAUCGCUUUUUCAUUUCGGUGUACCAAGAAGAAGACGAGUCUUCGAGGAAUAAUGAGUUGCUCCGCUUUGCCAAAUUGGAUUUUAAUUUGCUGCAGAUGUUGCACAAGCAAGAGCUCAGUGAAGUCUCCAGGUGGUGGAAAGAUUUGGACCUUGCGACAAAACUUCCUUAUGCAAGAGAUAGAGCAGUUGAAUGUUAUUUUUGGGCACUAGGAGUAUACUUUGAGCCUCAGUAUUCUAAGGCUCGAGUUAUGCUAGCCAAAAAUAUUUCAAUUGUUUCGAUUGUGGAUGACACGUUUGAUGCUUAUGGUACCGUAGAAGAAUUAGAGGUCUACACAGAUGUCAUACAAAGGUGGGACAUUAACGAAAUGAAUCGCUUGCCAAACUAUAUGAAAAUUAGCUAUAAAGCUAUCUUAGACCUUUUUGAUAGUGAUGAAAAGGAUCUUUCAAAGGAAGGAAGAUCAUAUGCCGUUCAACAUGGAAGAGAGCGGAUGAAGGAACUUGUUAGAUGCUACUUUAUUGAAGCCAAAUGGUUUGCUAAUGAAGAAGGACAAAAGCCUACAUUUGCUGAAUACCUAAGAAAUGCAUUCGUUACUUCUGCUUACUAUUUGCUGUCCACAAUAUCUUGCUAUACGUUGAAGUCAGCUGAUGAAAAAGUAUUCGAUUGGUUAAUGAAAAAUCCUAAAAUUCUUGAAGCAGGUGUCACCAUAUGCAGACUCAUUGACGACAUAGCCACCUUUGAUGGAGAAAAAGAGAGAGGGCAAGUUGCAACUGGUAUUGAAUGCUACAUGAAGGAAUAUGGUGUAUCACUAGAAAAGGCAAUGGAAAAGUUUCAAGAAUUGGCUGAUCUUGCAUUGAAAGAUUUGAAUGAGGGGCUUCUUCAACCAACACCUGUGUCUGCUGAGGUUCUCUUACGCAUUUUCAAUCUUACUUGCAUUAUUUUUGUCACGUACCAGCACAAUCAAGAUGGAUAUACUUGUCCUGAAAAGGUUUUGAAGCCUCACAUUAUUGCCCUACUCGUGGAUCUAGUGCCACUCUAGUGAAGUAUUAAUAGCACUGUGUUUUUAAUAAUAAAUAAUUGCCCUAUAUUAACAGCUCUUCUUGAAUUAUGCUAGCUAGGGCAAAUAUUAUAUAUGUUCAUGGUCAUAUAAUUGCGUACUUUUUGGGAACUUAUGCUCGUCUUCAUUGUAACUGUUUCUUAAAUUUGGUGAUUAAUAAAUUUCCCAA